AUGGCAAUUAAUAAUGAAGAAGUAAAUACGAUGAAUGAAACUGAGCUAAAGAGAAUAUAUUACGAGAAUUUUAUUGAAGAAUUAAAUGAUGAAGAAUUAAUGUAUAAGAAAACAGUCGAAGAUUUAUUUUAUAUAUACAAAUCUUUUGGGUUUAUAUAUUCCAUAAUAAAAAAGGCUAAUUUAUUAUUAAGUAAAGAAAAUUUCGAUACCUUUUUGAAAUCAUUAGUAAGCUUCAUUGAUGAACUCUUUUUAUAUAAUCCUUCUUUAUUUAACAAUGAACUAAAUAAUGGAUUGAAUGUACCAUAUGUAAAUAAAGACAAUAUACUUCCGAAUAAGAAAAGAAAAUAUCCGGAGGACACAGGUUCGAAUGAUAUAAAUAAUAUGAAUGAUAUGAAUGAUAUAAAUAAUGUGAAUAAUUUGAAUAAUUUGAAUAAUUUGAACAAUAUGAACAAUAUGAACAACGAAAAGACAAACGAACAUACUUCAUUUAUGAAUAACAUGUCAAAAACCUAUGUUGAAGAAUUAAUCAAAGAUAUUAAAAAUAUAGAUGAUAAUUUUAGUGAAACUAACUGUAGUGAUUUUUUAUAUAUUGUAAAAAAUAUUUUAAAAAUGAAAAAUACCAGUGAUAUUGAAUGUGUUAAGAAUAGAUUUGAGAAAAUAAAAAAUGUAUUAAACAUAGGAAAAAGUAUAUUCGACAAAAAAGAUAUACUUUAUGAUAUGAAUGAUCAUAAAAAGAAAGCACAUGAAUAUAUAGAUGAUAUGUAUACAAAAUUAAAUAAUAUCGAACCAAUUAUUAUUUCUAUUAUAUAUAAACAAAAUUUUUGGUAUAAUAAUAUAUUAAAUAAAUCUGAAUAUGAUAGUAUUAAUUCUAUACUAAAUCUAAAUAUUGAUGUAGCUAAUGAAAAAAUCGAAGAAGUAUAUACAGAAGUAUUAUUAUUAUUAAGUGAAGAAAUGACACAAAAUAAAGAUUUACAUUUUGCUAAAGAAAAAUUAGAAAGAUUAAAAACAAGUUAUGAUGCAGAAAUUCAACGUAAACUACAACAAGAAAUGGAAUUAACGAAAAAGUUGGAUGAUAAAAGAAAAGCUGUUCAAUUUAUUAUUGAUAGAUAUAAUGAAUAUACAUGGUUUGAUAAAAAUUCUCCUAAAAAACAUUCAUUUUAUAUAUUAGGUAUAAAUCCAAAAAAUAUUACAGAAGAACAAUUAAAAUCAUUUGGCAAGAGAUUAAAACAUAUUUUACAUCCUGAUAAAGAACCAGAUACUGAAUGGAAGAAAAAAGCAGAAUCUGCUUUUAAAGAAGCUUCUUUAGCUAUCUUAGGUUGUCAACAAGAAUUUAAAACAAAAAUUUUAAAAAAUUUAGAGCCUGGACCAAUGGCUCCAUAUUUAACACUAAUAGGUAUUGAAAGCACAACAAAUGAAUCUAAUGAAAAGGAUAAUAUUAAUAAAAAUAAAUCAUCUAAUUUAAAUGACAAUAAUAAUAAUAAUUUAAAUGGUACAACAGGAUUACAUCCUUAUUAUCCAACACAAGUAUAUUAUCCCAAAUGUGAAUUGAAAUGUGUAGACCAAAAAAUUGGUACUGUACUUAUUGAUAUUAAAUGUCCUGUACAACUAGGUGUUAUUAAAAAAGUUAUAUUAUAUGUACAUAGACCAAUAUAUGGUAAUGAACCAAUGAAUUUAAUACCAGAUGAUACAUAUCUAUCUUAUAAAAAAGAACAUAAUGUUAAUGUUAAAAAUUUAAAUCAAUCUAUUGAAGUUCGAGUUGAUUAUGUUCAACCACUAGAAAUUGCGUCUUCUACAAAAUAUUAUAUAGGUAUCCAAUUAAUAGCUGAAAGGGGAAAUACAAUGAUAAACUGGAAUUCUAUAAAUAUAACCUUACAUAAAUUUAGUAAUAAGAAUAUAAUAAAAAAAUUGUUAACAUCUUUUAAAAAUGCAACCUUUAUAAACCAAGCACAAUUAAAUAAUACUUUAGCAAAUGAUAAUAAGGACGAAAUGACCAAAUUUUUGAAUGAGUGUAUAGCAGCAGCGAAGUUAUGGGCACAAACGGUUUAG